GGUAUGGUUAAUCGAAAAUGCAACCCUCGUAAUAUAAAUUACAUCUGGAAAGAGAAAAUACAAUAUUUUAUUUGCAUUGAUAACGAAUCUCAUAGUUCAACGCGUUUAUACAUAGAGAGUACUAAUUGUCAUGGGCAGUAUUGAAAAGGCAUGCAUAUCAGGGUUUCUUUGCCGACUAUGUUCUGAAAUGCACAGAACUGUAAUUCACAUAUACAGCGACCAUGGCCAACGUCUCUGUCUUGUUGAAAAAAUUAACGGCUACCUUCCAAUAACUAUUUCACCGACUGAUCCGUUGCCAAAAACCAUUUGUAGAACAUGCUUACAUCGUGUAGAGCAACAUUAUUCUCUUUUAAUGCGGCUUACACGAAUGCGAGAGGAGCGAAAAAUUAAGUUUUUUGAGUACAAGUCACGCAGAGAAAUGGCAAAUUCAUCAAUAUCCAGCGUGGAAGGCUCUGAUGAGGAAGAUAACUUAGCAGAACCCGCAGACAAAACAAAUGGCCAACCUGGAAAACAGACCGACGAGUCCAUUCGAUCAAAAAAUACGGUCAUAGCUCGUCGAAACACUAAUGAAACCCACGAUGAGAGUGGGUCUGGUUCAAGGAUUAGAGACGGUAAAGGGUCUGGAAACAGUGGGACAGGACAUACCACUCCGACAUUAAACAUAAAUUGAUGACUGUCAAACUAGUCAAUGGUUUAAAUAAUACUAUAUGUAUAUAAACUUAUUAAUAUAUAAAAACAUAUAUGUGAAAGUAUAAUUUUAGCCAUUAAAGGAAAUCGAUCAACUUAUUUAUAUCUAUUAAACAUUUAAAACCAAAAAAAGGCUGGGUAGCUUGUGCUGUCCACAAUAUUUGAUACUGCUCUUACAAAUUGAUCAUUCAAAUAAAAGCUAAAUCAUAUAA